AAUUCCUAUAGUUCUGGUUGAGGUGACGCGCAGUGCAGUUUCGCCACAAUGAAGUGUGCAUUGCUUCUGGGAACAGUUGGAUUGUCGUUGAUAAUCACAGUUGCAGGUCUUGAAAAUGGUUUAUCGCGAAAGCCUCCGAUGGGUUGGAUGAGUUGGGAACGAUUUCGAUGUAUUACGGAUUGCAAAAAGUACCCGGAUGAGUGCAUCAGUGAGCAGUUAUUCAAACGAACCGCCGAUCUGAUGGUGUCCGAUGGUUAUUUGGAGGCGGGUUAUGAGUAUGUGAACAUCGACGACUGCUGGUCCACCAUGGAGAGGGAUUCUGCUGGCAAACUGGUGGCGGACCCGACACGGUUCCCGAAUGGAAUGAAACAUUUGGCAGACUAUAUCCACUCGAAGGGUCUCAAGUUUGGUUUGUAUCAGGAUAUCGGAACAAAAACGUGCGCAGGUUAUCCCGGGAUGAAAGGCUACUUUGAAAUUGAUGCCCAAACUCUCGCUGAUUGGGAUGUAGAUUUCAUUAAGAUUGACGGAUGCUACGCUGACGAGGUCAAGAUGGUCGAUGAUUAUAUAUUGUUUGGUGAGUUUCUUAACAAAACUGGUAGACCGAUGGUGUACUCAUGCAGCUGGCCAGCCUAUCAGGAGUACAGUGGGAUUAUUCCCGAUUACGUAAUUCUGAAGAAAACCUGCAACAUGUGGCGAAACUGGGGCGAUAUUGAAGAUUCUCAUAGUUCGGUUGAGUCAAUUACCAGGUACUUUUCAGACAACCAGCAGCGAAUCCAGCCCCAUUCAGGUCCUGGUCAUUGGAAUGACCCGGACACGCUGGUUUUGGGAAACUUCGGUCUAAGCUACGAACAGAGUAAAUCGCAGCUCGCCGUUUGGACAAUACUUGCUGCACCUUUGUUGCUGUCCAACGAUCUGGCCACCGUAACACCGGAGGUCAGAGCUCUGCUUCAAAAUAGGGCGAUCAUUGCCGCCAAUCAGGACUCUCUCGGGAUACAAGGAUUGCUACUGAAAACGGUUAACAGAAUUGAGAUUUGGAAGCGGCCAAUUUUGCCCAGGGUUAAGGAUGAAUUGACGCAAGCGAUCGCCUUUGUCAGUCGCCGUGCCGAUGGAGCGCCCUACAGCAUCCAGGUGGAACUGAUCGACGAUUUGGGGCUUAGCAACAGCACUUAUAUAAAGGGAUACGAAAUAUUUGAUCUUUUCGACACCACCCGCAAGCCCGUUUAUGUUCGAAGAGAUGGUCGCUUCGAAACACGUGUGAACCCGACCGGUGCUAACCUGUAUCGCUUCGUACCUAAGCUGAACGUUAUUCUACGCGGUUUCACCAAUCCGGAAUAUUAAAUGUUUCUCUGCGCAGCUGAAACUUUUUAUUUUGUUGCUGUCUAAUUAUCGGCUCACAGUUCAGAGAAAAAGUCAGAUGACUAAUGAUACGCACAGGCACGGCUGACAAAGUGUUAAUUUGACGGUUUCGUGGGAUUCCAUUUGCAAGCUUCAUUAGUAUUCUAAUAUCGAAUAUUGUUUGUAGAUGACAUAGUACUUAGCAUAAGUCGGUGUUCGGCAAGUGUCUAUCAAGUUAUAAUAUAAACAUUUUAUUAUAGUUGUUCUUAA